AUGUCCGUGAUUACUACACUUGCACUUAUUCAAUAUUAUCUUACAAAUAUAUUAGGAGGACUCCUUGUUAUUGGAGUAUUUGGUAAUAUAUUAAAUUGUCUUGUAUUUCUUCGAAAACGAUUACGUUCAAAUCCAUGUUCAGUUUUAUUUGCUGCUGCUUCUCUAGCUAAUAUUAUUGUAAUGAUAUAUUUUAUUAUUCCAACAAUUAACUCACUUUAUAAUACACCACUGGAAAAUUCAAAUUUAAUCUAUUGUAAACUUCGAUUAUAUAUUCGAAAUGCUUUAUUAGUUAUUUCACGAGCUUAUCUAUCAUUAGCUUGUGUUGCAUGUUAUGCACAAUCAUCACGAAAUGCUCGAAUACGUGAAUUAUGUCGAACAAAAAUUGUCAUACGAAUUAUUCUUAUUGUUCCAAUUAUUUGGUUUAUAAUUCCAUUACAUAUUCCUUUAACAACAACAAUUUUAAAUGGAAAAUGUUCAAUGUGGGCAGGUGUAGCAGCUCUUUAUCAUUCAAUUUAUAUUUGUUUUGUUGCUGCUAUACUUCCAACAAGUAUUAUGAUUAUAUUUAGUUUAUUAGCUUUUAAAAAUUUACAACAAAUGAAACGUAAUGUACGUCCUAUUAGUAUUCCAACAGAAGAAAAACAUACUCAAAAUACAGAAAAAAUACGUACACAACAACGUGAUCGACAAUUAAGCAAAAUGUUAUUUGUACAAAUUGUUGUUUAUAUGUGUUUUACUAUAGCUUAUCCACUCAAUACAUUAUAUAAUGCAAUUGUUUUAAUUAUUGGUGGAUCAAAAACAAUGCAACGAACAGCCAUUGAAAAUUUCGUUUUAUUUAUGACAUCUAGUUUUCUUUUGAAUUUUUACAGUACAGCAUCAUUUUUUGUUUUUCUUACAUCAAGUGCAUUCCGAAAAGAAUUACGACAAGUAUUUGCUUUUAUUCUACCUAAACCUCAUCCCAAUUUAAAUCAACGACGUGUUACACAUACAACAGCACUCGCUUGA